CAGGAAGGGAGCAGCGCCCAACUGCCGCCCGAACCAGCAGAGAACGAUGAGGAGCAACGAGAGGAGCGCAGGAGGAGAACGAGUGUCCGGUGAGGGAGGGCACUGCACGUUUUGUCCGUAGAAAGUGAUGGACAUGACGGACGAGUGAAGAAGGGCAGGUGCAGAAGGACAGGUGUGGACGGACAGGUGCGGAGGGACAGGUGAAAGCUGGCCGUGCUGUUUUCUCUGGGCCGGCGCAUGCUGCAGCGGGAGUGUUUGGGCGGAUCAGCAGCACUGCAGCAGAGGAGCGCGAGGGAGAGAGAGAGCGAGAGCAGGAGAGCGAGGAGAGAGAGACAGAGCGAGGGGAGAGGAAUAUUUUCCCCUGGAAAGAGCCCAAACUGCCCCAGCAGGUGCAGAUGGUGGGAGCUGAUUUGCCCCGUGUGGUCAGACACUGCUGCAGUUCAGAGUUAAGCCUGGAUGCUUACCUGAAGUGCAAGAAAGAGUGAGAAGGCAUAUUCUACCUUCCCCUCCCUGUUCUACACUCGUCUCAGACACAGCAUGACCGUUGCGACCGGUGACCCUGUAGAUGAAGCGGCCGCUCACCCUGGUCAGCCGCAGGAUGUUUAUGACCCAGAACCGGACCAUGAGUGCUGCGAGAGGGUGGUCAUCAACAUCUCGGGCCUGCGGUUCGAGACACAACUCAAAACUCUGUCGCAGUUCCCAGACACUUUGCUUGGGGAUCCAAAAAAGAGAAUGCGCUACUUCGACCCACUUAGGAACGAGUACUUCUUCGACAGGAACCGGCCCAGCUUUGACGCCAUUCUCUACUACUAUCAGUCUGGAGGGAGGUUGAGGCGGCCAGUCAACGUAACAUUGGAUAUUUUCUCUGAGGAGAUCCGCUUCUAUGAGCUUGGGGAGGAAGCCAUCGAGAUAUUUAGGGAGGACGAGGGUUUCAUCAAAGAAGAAGAGAAACCCCUGCCGGAGAACGAGUUUCAGAGGCAGGUGUGGCUGCUUUUCGAGUAUCCGGAGAGUUCAGGCCCAGCCCGGAUAAUCGCCAUCAUCUCUGUCAUGGUCAUCCUCAUAUCCAUCGUCAGUUUCUGUCUAGAGACACUGCCCAUUUUUCGCAAUGAGGACAUGGACAUGCAGAAAGCCCACAUGGUCAAUUCCAACUCCACAGCCAGCUACACAUCCACCUCCUUCACUGACCCCUUCUUCAUCCUGGAGACACUCUGUAUCAUUUGGUUCUCCUUUGAGUUCCUGGUCCGCUUCUUUGCCUGUCCCAGCAAAGCAGGGUUCUUUGUGAACAUCAUGAACAUCAUUGACAUUGUGGCCAUUAUCCCUUACUUCAUUACCCUGGGCACUGAACUAGCUGAGAGCCCAGAAGACGGCCAGCAGGGGCAGCAGGCCAUGUCCCUCGCCAUUCUGCGGGUCAUCAGGCUGGUGCGAGUCUUCAGGAUCUUCAAGCUGUCUCGGCACUCCAAAGGCUUGCAGAUUCUGGGCCAGACACUCAAGGCUAGCAUGAGGGAACUUGGGCUGCUGAUCUUCUUCCUCUUCAUCGGAGUCAUCCUGUUCUCCAGUGCUGUGUAUUUCGCCGAGGCAGACGAAGCAGACUCACAGUUUGUUAGCAUCCCCGAUGCCUUCUGGUGGGCGGUGGUCUCCAUGACAACUGUAGGAUAUGGAGACAUGGUACCCACAACCAUCGGAGGCAAGAUUGUAGGGUCCUUGUGCGCCAUUGCUGGAGUGUUGACCAUUGCACUGCCUGUACCCGUUAUCGUGUCCAACUUCAACUACUUCUACCACAGGGAGACGGAAGGAGAAGAACAGGCGCAAUACCUCAAUGUGACUAGCGUGCCCAAGAUGGAUUCUACGGAAGACUUGAAAAAGAGCCGCAGUGGCUCGACCAUGAGCAAGUCGGACUACAUGGAGAUCCAGGAAGCCGUGAACAACAGCAAUGAGGAUUUCCGUGAGGAGAACCUCAAGACUGGCAACUGUACUCUUGCUAACACCAACUAUGUAAACAUCACCAAGAUGCUCACUGACGUAUAGCUGCCUGGGUUUGUCUUUCUAGGGGAGGGAGAAUAGAAAACCUUUUGGGAAGGGAUUAACCACCCUUGCUUUAAAGGCUUUAGGAGCCUAAACUGCCAGGAUAUCUGGAGAGGAGAUCAGAGAAGAAGCUAUCGGAGGCGAAGCAUUGAUAGAAAGGACGUCUCCAUUGCUUUCCCCACCUUGUCCCUCCCUCAUCCAACAUGUUUGGAGGGUAGUGUCCUGCAUCUCUGUUUUUAAGUGUCUGCAUGGAGUU